GAACUUCAGGAACUAAAUGUUUGCACGAGUUCCUGCAGAGUUUGCUUGUCAGACCAGCAGCUUCAAGUCUUUUCGCCGGUAACGUUAGGAGAGUGAAAAGAGUUCAUCAUUUGAAAGCGAUAUCCACUGUGUUUCUCAAACGCGCGUGCCUUAAGCUGCUCUAUGGAAACGGUCUCUGAAACUGUCGCGCUGUUCCACUGCGCAGACGCUGUGUGCUUUGAUGUGGACAGCACUGUGAUCUGCGAGGAAGGCAUUGAUGAGCUAGCCAAGUUCUGCGGCGUCGGGGACGCAGUCACAGAAAUGACACGGAAGGCAAUGUCUGGGUCAGUGUCGUUUAAAACGGCCCUGAGUGAGCGCCUUUCCAUUAUCAAGUGUUCACGGGAACAAGUCAACAAAAUGAUCACUGACCAUCCCCCUCAGCUUACACCAGGUAUUAAGGAACUGGUUGAGAAGUUACAUCAGCGCAACGUGAAGGUCUUCCUUAUUUCUGGUGGGUUUCGCUGCAUUGUUGAACAUGUAGCAUCUCAACUCAGCAUUCCUCUCCAGCACGUCUACGCUAACCGCUUAAAGUUUUACUUUAAUGGUGAGUAUGCAGGUUUCGAUGAUUCACAGCCAACAGCAGAGUCCGGGGGGAAGGGAAAAGUGAUCAGCAUGCUAAAGGAGCGGUAUGGCUUUGAAACCGUGGUCAUGGUUGGAGAUGGAGUCACUGAUCUUGAAGCCUGUCCACCUGCUAGCGCUUUCAUUGGAUUUGGUGGCAAUGUCGUGCGCCAGCAGGUGAAGGAAAAGUCCUCAUGGUACGUUAUGAGUUUUGGGGAGCUACUCAAAGAACUCGAGAAGAAAUAGUGGUAUCUUGGAAUGGACACCUAAAAGUGUAUUUGUACUCUAAUUGCCAUACUAAUUUUCUGCUUUAGUUGUACACACACUUUUUUAACGUUUUAAGAGUUUAUAAUACAGUUUAAGUAUUGUUUACAUAGAGCAUGCUGCAGGCAAAGUGCAAACCAGACAGUUUGUAAUAUUUCUUUUUUUGGUUUUAACUGCAAAGUUUUUAUUUUAACUGUAAUGAUCUCAUUUCAGAUGUACACUAAUGCUGUAUUUGAAAAAAGAUUUAUUUUUACUGUUCAUAGGCGCUAUUUUCAUAAACCUUUUAAGUAACCAACUAUAUUUUGUAUGCAUGUAUGAGUACAGGAAUAACAAAACACACACAAAAUGCUUGAUUUAUUGAACAGUUACAAUAAAUGUUGAUUUUGUGCUCCUGAA